GAAAGAGCUUUUUGGAGCAGUUGUGUGGGCGUUAGGCACAUGCAGAAAACCAGAAAACAGAGAUGAUCAGAAGAGGAUUGCUUGCAGUGUACAAGCCACCAGGAAUCACAUCUUCUGAUGUCACUCAAAAACUGAAGCAGACUCUCCUCUCACAGUUACAGACGGCAGGUGUGCAGCCACGGAAGAGUUACUCUCCUAAUUUCAAAGUGGGACACGGUGGAACACUCGAUAAGUUCGCUGAAGGUAUCUUGGUUAUUGGAAUCGGUGAAGACUGUAAACAAUUGAGACGUUUCCAAAAUAAUACGAUCAAAAGCUACGAGGUGAUUGGGCGGCUUGGAGUGACAACAGAUUCUCUGGACUGUGAUGGAGCUGAAACAGAAAGUAAAGAAUGGACGCACAUUACCACGAGCAUGCUAGAACGUGCCCUACAGAGUUUCCAUGGUGAAACUACCCAAUCUGCACCCCUCUACUCGGCACUCAAAUACAAAGGGAGAAGUUCAUCAGAUUAUGCCCGUGAAGCAAAGACAACAGGAAUUACAAUUGACAUUCCACCGAAAGUGAGACAAAUCACCAUCUCUUCCCUCAAAUUAAAGGACUUCAGUCCACCCUCAUUCUCAGUGGCUGUCACCUGCUCGUCAGGGACCUACAUGCGUUCCUUGGUGCAUGAUAUAGCAGAGUCACUGGACACUGUGGGAUACGUCACACAUCUCUGCAGGACUGCUGUGGGGCCGUUCACCCUGCAGCAUGCCCUGAGGGCAGACACAGAGGAGGAGGAACUGUGGAGCUUGGAGAGCAUCAAGUCAGCACUAAGAGACUUCUAGGACAAUGCCUCAGAUGAAGAUUAACACACUCCUUUCUAGCUAUUAUGAUUUCAGCUAUAUUGCUAACACACGCACUCCCUCACACUGCACAAGUUAACAUUGCUUUCAAUUGGCGUAAUA